GCCACACCUUCUUAACACCUUCGAUCCCACCCCCAAUAAUGCUCCAUGAUGAUGACUCCUCUCUAUCAAUAUUUUCUAAACAAGAUUACAGGAGUAAGGAUAGCUGCUGGAAUUGCCUCCACUCUCUCCAUACUUGGGUCUCUCCUUAUAAUAAUCACUUUCUGUCUUUUUCCUCACGUUAGAAGAACCAAAGUGAGACAAAUACUUCUACACAUCUCCAUCAUGGACCUGGGCGUGGCUUUGGCUAACCUAACAGGCAGCAUUGUCUACUUUGAUCACUAUUACUACUCCUAUUCGAACGAUACCAUAACGUGGAAAGAAAAUGUUUCGCAUGCAGUAAAUGUUUCCUGCAAGACUCAAGCAUUCGUUGCAAUGUACUCAACCUACGGCUCGAUAUUCUGGACAAACUGGCUUGCCGUGUUCCUCUAUUUUACCGUCGUCUACCAUUACAACCCCAGUAUAAGUAACUGGGUCCUGAGACUAGGUUAUAUAAUAUGUUACUUGGGUCCUCUCUGUCUCUGUGUCUGGUUUCUGUGUACCGAUAGACUGAGCUUCAAUCCGUAUGGUUCGGCCGGUUGGUGUACGCUGGUUACUGUGAAUGUGGAGAGAAAUGCCUCUGAUUCUAGUGUUGCUAAGAACUAUAUAGCGACGACUUUUGGUUACGACUUGUGGAUAUACCUCACAUUUAUUCUGGUCCCAGUUCUCUUCAUUGGUACUAGAUCACACAUCAGUAUGGAGCUCUCAGGGACUAAAAACUUAAUAUCAAAGGACAAACUUUGGACAGCCGUUCACAAUGUCGACUUUAAGUUCAUUCUUGUUCCUAUUACAUUUAUAUUCCUGAGGAUAUGGACGUGUAUUUUAACAGUUUUUCUAGUCUACAUUGGCUUGCCUUUCAUAGGCAAAGUUCCACAUUCCGCAGACGGAGCAAUUAUUGCAUUAAUUGGUCUUGCUGCUGUGGGUGAUUCUGGUCAAGGUGCAGCUAAUGCCAUCAUUUUUGUUUUCUUUACAAAGAAAGUGAGGAAUGAGUUGCUGUGUUGCUUGUACUGCAGAAGAAGAAGUCAAGAGACGAGAGACUCUCUCACCAGACCACCAUGGGAAAGAACUGCACUUAAUACUGCACGAUAGUUUAUUGAAUGUUUGUACCAACUUUUACCUAAUGUCAUAAUUUAUAAUGUGCAUUAGAAUUUAGAGCUCAUUGCUCAUAAUAUUUAUGGUCAUUUGCAAUUAUUUUGGUCUACCUAUUUAAA